UUCAGCGAGCUGUUCACUUGAGUUUCGCGGUUCGACGUGUAUGCCCACUUGGUCUUUCGGCUCUGGAGAAAACUAUUCGAAUCUGGUGAAAAUCAACUCAAUUCCCAGCAACUCAGUUCAGUUUCGCCUACUUGUCCAACUAUAAAAGUGCGCUGUAGUCGCUGUCAAACAAUUGCAUUCAGUUAUAAAUAUUUUAUUGCAAAUUGCAUUUUCAUGAGCUAACAACUGUCUCUCGCAUCGCGUGUGAAAAGUUACAAACAAUCAAAACAAUUGCCAACGGUUAAUGUUAAUAUCCAGGCAAUUAUAGAAAAGUAAUUUGAUUGCCAGUCUUACGCAAGGCCAACUACAAUUACCAAUACUGCAACAAAAACAAAACCACAACAAACCAAGCAAAACAACAACACAGAAAUCCCAAUUUGGAUUUAUUAAUAGCGCUAAAAAAAAAAAAUAAAAAACAACCGUUGCCGUAAAUAACACAACAAAUUGCCAUCAACAGCCAAUAUGUCGAUCGCCAGUGUUCACGGUCCCCAAAUCGCCGACAUCUGCAGUCCCCUGUCGCAUCAUAAUCUCGGUCUGUCUGCCUCGCUGCCAGAUCUGGUCGGCAGCCCACUCGAGAUCAACAUGGACAACGUGCUGACCAUCGAGGAGCUGCGCCAGCAAAUGGGCUCCUGCUUCACCUGCGGCGUCUCCUGGACGGAUGACCAUGUGUCCCUCGACUGCAGCGAAUGCGGUGGCUACAGCCUGGAGCGUCCCUGCCCGCUUUGCGACGGCCAGUGCGGUGUGCAAUGGAAACGUGACUUCGCCAUGUCGCAUGCCUGCAGUCAAGCUCGCUGGGUGGGAGUGUGCAUCAGUUAUCCGGAAGUCGUGGCUGGAGUCCAGAUGCCCGCCGCUGGAGCCGCCACCUCGUGUGCCGCCGCCGCUGCGAAUCAACUGCGUUUGGCCCAGGAGCUGUGCUCCCGCCUGGAACAGCUGUCGACGUCGACGGCGAGCAAAAGCGGUCGCAUCUAGAGCGCGGUCCGCCGCACAGUUCCUUCGACAGCCAGACUGCAAACACGCCUCCACAUCAGCCACACCCCCGCACACAGCCAUUCAUCCGGAUAGCAGUUAGCAGAUAGCAGAUCGCAGAUCGCAGAUAGCUGAAAGCUGUAGCAGAAACAGCUCCACCUCCACUUCCACACACAAAAACCACACACAGUCUCUCACCCGUAAUUUAGGGCCUAAUUGCUAAGCUUUUUAGUUGUUAGUUUUUAUUGUUGUGUAGCGUUGAGUCUUUAUUUUGUAUUUUUUUGUUUCUUAUUUUCACAAUUUUCCUUUGUUUAAUGAUUUCACUAGUUUCGUUUUCGUUUCGUUUAGUUUCGUUCGUUGUGUGACUAUUCAACAAAUGUUUAGCAGCUAAGUUAGUUCCUUUGUUUACUGUUUAAUGGCACCAUUUUGUUUGCACACAUGACCUAUUCUAUCCAGGAAAAGACUUCUUUCUGCUUAGACUUAAGCCGAGUUUAGGCAUUGCAGUGAUAACGGUGAUAUUAGCCAGAAAGAAUCGUGAACAAAUAGUGAAUUUAUAAAGAUGUAGCAAAUGUCUAACGGUAGCUAUAACACACAAACAAACAAACACACACACACAGACUCUCACACACACUAAACAGCCCGUGUAAUCGUGUAGAGAUUGUUGUUAACAAUUAGUUAGUUGUUGUUGCUUUUUGCCUUGUGUCAAAGCUUGUUCGAAGCGAGGAGAUCCGAGCGGGCCCAAAUCGAAGUUGGCUUCGACUUCGAUGGUGCAGCCGGAGUGCUCAGUGAGCGAAACAAAGAAUCUUCCAUAUUGCAUAAUGCUCAACAAAGUAA